AUGUCUGGAGCGAUGAUCCUUGAACUGCCCCUCUCCCCGCUUAUCCUCCGGUCUGGUUCCCUACAGCGGGUUCAUUGGACACUGCCAGAUUAUGACAUUACUCACGGUACGCUAACCGAGCGGAAAACGGGCGUCGGUCCAAAAGAGCAGUCCCCGAGUUUCCGUCAACCUUAUGUUCUACUUGAAAUCAAAUUGGACUGUUUUCGAGAAAUACACUCAUUUCCAAAUCAAUUUGGUUUUCACGUGAAACUCAGGCAGCUGAAUGUGCUGCACCAGAGCGGCUCAUGUUUCAGUCGCUACGAUAUUCAAAAUAUCGCAAUACAUAUAUAUUUUUGGAUCGCACUACUCAUAAGGUUGCUGAAAACUCCUCGAAAGGUCACGACGGAUUUUGCCCUUCUUGGGGCUCAUGAGCCCGGAGUACUCAGGUUGACGGCUGCGUUGGAAGGCGAACACGAUGCUCAUGUUCCAACCCCCCUACCAUCGGAAUGUGAAAAUGACAAUCCACUCGGGAUGAUCUCCGGAACGAUUGCCAACUGGCAAAUCACCGCCUCUUCGACCUAUCCAUCGAGUUGGGCCAAGGGCUGUUCCGAACACAAUGCCCGCCCCUUCCGCCCCAACGGACUGGCCUGGUGCGCUAAAUUUAAAUCCUCGUCUGAAUGGCUUCAAAUCGAUUUGGGAGUUCGAGCAUUGGUCACCGGUAUUAUGACUCAAGGUCGAGGUGACGGAUCGGAAUGGGUCACCGGUAUUAUGACUCAAGGUCGAGGUGACGGAUCGGAAUGGGUGACUUCGUUUAUGGUAUCCUACAGUGACGACGGUAAUCAGUGGAAGUUCAUAACUGAUCAAUACGCAAAUCAAAAGAUUUUCGAGGGAAACACAGACUCAUUUAUGGUGAAGCACAACUAUCUGGACGAGCCGAUCAAGGCGCGUUUUGUGAAGAUACACACCUACACAUGGCACAAUCACCCGAGUCUUCGUGUUGAAUUGGUUGGAUGUCAACUCGGGUGUACACAUAUCAGGAAGGUCAUCAGAUUCCUGAAAAUAACCGCUGAAUGUCCGAAAUCUAUUGAGCUCCUUAACUCCACUGACCGGGCAGACGACGCCCCCUCAACAUACAGCACGUUACAGCCUUGUAUGAAAGCCAGACAGUGUGAGUCAGCGUUAGAUCAAGGACACCCUUUUAUUACUUUUAUCUUGGUUAUUCCGUACACAGCAUGCAAACAGCUGCUCGGCNAUUCCACCGUUGCCCGGUUCGCCGCCUCAAGUUCUCGUGGUCAGCGUGUUCAAAGAUCCUGCAUGCCCGAAUAUGGACACUACCUGAGCAACAAAGCGUGGUGCUCGAGGCAACAGGAUGUUCAACAAUGGCUUCAAAUUGAUGUUGGCCCGCCUACUCAAAUCACAGGCGUGAUUUUGAAGGGUCGUGGAGACUACAAGCGUCCACAGUACGUGACACGAUUCAAGCUGUCCUACAGCAACGAUACUCGUCUGUGGUACUUUUACAAGGACGCAACUCCAUUGGAUCCCCGGCUAUUCGAAGGAAACAAUGAACUGGUUCCAGAACGAAUACACUACCUCACAUCACCGUUUAUCGCUCGCUACGUCCGUGUGCAUCCAAUCAAUUGGAGAAAUCGAAUUGCAAUGCGUGUUGGUCUGCUUGGAUGUCGACAAAAAGGUCCUUGUACCACAGGAUUUUUCCGCAUUAAUAACGAGAGCUCAUGCGUUGCUAAUCUUGCCUACAAAAAGUCAGCUUGGCUGAAUCCAGACUCUUCGAAUCCUCAGAAGCGUAAUCUGCCCACAGCAUUGUCCAGUAUCAAUCACAACUACCAGAAAGAUGCAGCGUCCCCGGAAGAACCCUCCGCGGUCGUUCGUGGUCGUCAAGAAAGUCGAGCCCCCAUGCUUGCGAAUCACAGAAUUGGGGAAACACAAACUUCAUCAUCAAAGUCUAUGCUUCAUUUCUGGUCAGCGAAUGGCAUUCGGCCUUCAUCGUUAUCGGGAGACACCGGGGAUCCUAUGGCCUCGUUGGCUGUGGAUGGUUGGACUGGGGAGGAAUUAAUCACGCGCAACUCCACGUUGACUCUGAGGUCUUCUGAAGGUGUGAUGAGCGACGAUCCUAACCCUCAAUCCUCAGCUGAUAAACAUGCAAAUAUGGAACGAGGUUUGGUAGGUGGCGCGGCGAGACAUUCUUGCACAGUGUUGGAGUACCGGUGGCCCUUUGUUGAACUACCUUCGUGGUAUGUAGACCUACGUGAGCAGACGGAAGUCAGUGGAGUGGUGAUCUAUACAGCUGGUCAUGGAAGAGCAGCAUCCCAAGGAAGUCAUUGGCCCCGGGCGGAUACAAGCGACAAGCUCAAGGCUACUUCAGAAAAUCUAGAGCGCCUCUCGGUAUAUGUGGAAUCUGAGCCGAGAUCUGGCACUGGAACCGCUUUAUCCAGUACCGGCACGUCGAACCUUUGCGGCUUUGUCACUCGACUGAAUGACGCAAUAUUCAAUCCAAGACUCCAUAUACCUUGCAGGCAACCCCUGCUGGGACGGUUCGUAUAUGUCGAAGCUAGAGGAGUUCGUGGAAGAUGGUCACAAGAAUUUUCAGCCCUUCUAUGUGAAGUAAUGGUUUAUUGAUCAACUAGCCCGAACCUAUUGAUUGAGGUCCCCAUUCUCACCCGAAAUCGAUAUUUAAUAUAACCUUAUUUGAUCGGUUGAUGAACGUGGCCGUUCCCGCUAGAGGUGUAUGUACAUUGACUUUGCUAACUAGGUUUAUUAGCAAAAUGGUUAUGAUAUCAACAUAAACGUUACAUUUUUGCUUUGUACCGAGCCAUGUGUAAUGCAUGAACGAUCGAGUAUCUUCACUGUUUUUUGACAAUCUUAACCUUAGUUGACCAGUUUGCAGUCACAACCCAUGCACAUCAACAUCCCACUAAACAAACUUUUCGUUUCGCUGCUGCGUAAUCAUCUUGGGCAGAAAUAAUGUACCAUCUUUUCGCC